AUGGCUGGAGGAGAUGAGUCGUCGCGCUGGGUGUGCCGCCCUGGGAUGGGCCUGGCGGUGGCGGCGCUGCUGUGCUGCUUGGCCGGCACGGCGAGGGGGGACUUCGAAGCCGACCAGAAGGAGUGCUCCGAAUACCUCAGUGGGCUCUUUACUUGCCUGGACUAUGUGGAGGGCACCUCCAGGGCGCCGCCGCCGGACUGCUGCUCGGGGCUGAACCACGUCGUCAGCAAGAAACCCCGUUGCCUCUGCAUCCUCAUCAAGGACCGCAACGAUCCCCAGUUGACGUUCAAGGUCAACGUCACCCGCGCCAGAUCCCUCCCCGGCGUCUGCAAGAGCCCCAUCGAUAUCUUCCAGUGCAUUGGUAACGCCCAUUGCCUCUCCCAUGGUCCCCUCUCUCUUCCCUCACUGACCCAUCUCCGCGCUGUGUUCCAGACCUCCUGAAGCUGGAUCCCAACUCCAAGGAGGCCCAGAUCUUCAAGCAGCCGGUCUCCCCGUCUAGUAACACCACAGGUAACGUGACAACGAUAUCCCCCCUCGCUAUUUCUUCCUUCAUAUACUUAGCUCUCUCUCUCUCUCUCUCUCUCUCUCUCUCUCUCUCUACUGCCGUGCUUCAGUGAUAACGCCUCCGGGCAGCACCAGCAACGGUAGCGUGUCCGCCGACCCGCCCACCGGUGGUGUCGGGGCUGAACGUCAGCCAGAGGGUGGUCUCUGGGCGUCCUGUGCGCUGGUUCUCUCCCUCUUGAUCUUCGGUGGCUAG